ACUCCACCUCUGGUCAUUCCCCGCGAUAGCCACCAAACAAACCUGGAGCUGCUCUUCCAAUAAAGGAAGCAUUUUGUUCUGAUACAAUGCUAAAAUCAUACUGCAACGUCCCUGAAGCACCACUUAGAAAAGCUUCAGAUUAGAAGCGGUCAGGAUCAUAAGGUUUGAAACAGGAGAGGACAAUUAAAUUAUUACCAACCCCUUAGAUUUCUUCUAGCAUGAUACGCUGCUCUGGGUGAAGUAUAUUGAUGCAGCACAUGAUUCCAGACAAAGUCAUUUUUUUGCAUCCCGUUUAUGACUGGCAGAAUUAUUUAUUAACUUUCUCUUCAAAUAGCAAUGCUCUGUCCCAUACAGUUGGGGGCUGUAGUGUAGAGAGAUUUUCCAGAAGCCCCAUGACUCUCUCCCGGGUUGGUCAUACAAGGGGGGGCGGCUUCAUUUUGCCCCUGGUAGCAGCUCUUCAGGGGGGUAGUUCCUUCCCUAAUUGCUUUCACGGGGGUUGGCUGGAAGGGAGUAAGGUACUCGGGAAGGAAGAAUCCCGCACCUGAAAUAACUGCUGUGGCUUUCAGCUUGCUUGGCUUCCCCCUACCCCCCAGGUGACAAUCAGAUCGUUAAUUAACUGUUAACUCCCGGAGGCUGAGGAGGCGCUGGCGGGGCGGGCUGGGAAAGGCUUAUGCAGCGGCGGGGGCGGCUUGCUGCCCCCCUUUACGGGUUUCCCACCCCCCCGGGCUGUCGGGGCGGGAGGAGGCUCCGGCCCUCGGCUGAACCGCCGGCCCGGGGGAGGGGGAAGAAGAGGAACAGUGACCCCGGCUCCAGCUGAAAGUCAGUCAGAAGAUACACUCAUUACUGGGGGGAGACGAAGCAGCGCUUUAGCUUUCUUCACGCGAAUCUCUCCUCCCCGUGGAAGGCUUUGGUAUAAACCGAGGGGGAAUUUCAGCAGACUCGAGCUAAAUAACAUCUGUGUCCGAACACACAACGUGCUUCCUUUUACGUUUUCUCUUGCAGAUGGGUCUCAGCCUUCCUCUAUCCUUAUCGUAAUUGCCACGGUUUCGGGAAUAAGGCUGAAGCUACCGAGAGGCUGCUGACAACAGCCUGCACGGCCCUGAUAAGAAGCGACAAGUUCUGUUCUCUUGUCUUGCGUGACUGAAAGAUAAAAUAUCUGAUCUGUUGACAGCUGACGGAAAAGCUUCCAGCUAACCUCAUGUAGAGUCUAUGCAUGCUUGCAACCCGAAAACCUCCUUCAGAUCUACCAGUCAUGAAACGAAUUCUUCUGUUUUUUAUCCUGGCUGCUGCUGUUAUGUAUGGUAUACUGCAUGGAAAUCUGUGGAGAAAUAACCUCUACUGGAUUAGCUUUUAUGGACAGACUUCCUCUGUGAGGGCUCCUCCUUCCUAUGAGACUAGUGGAGUUACCCAGCUGCCACCUACGGCUGUGGAGAGAAGGAAUGCACUGGACAGUUGUGUACUGAAACCAGCAUUUGAAUCUUUAUUGGGCGUUGAUAAAAUAUACCCGUUCCUGUGCACUAACGAUUUUAUCAGAGUGGCGGAGUUCCACGGGAGCGAUAAGUUUGAACUACCUUAUGGAAUAAAGAGAGCAGAGCAAUUUUUUCGUUUAGCCCUUUCAAGACUGCAGAACUGUGGACUUUCCAAUGAAAAUGACAGCAUUGCCUGUCGACGGUGUGUUGUGGUUGGUAAUGGAGGAGUACUUCGAAAUAAGACAUUAGGGGAGAAAAUCGACUCCUAUGAUGUGAUAAUAAGAAUGAAUAAUGGCCCUGUUAUAGGGUAUGAAGAGGAUGUUGGGAGGAGGACGACUUUCCGCCUUUCUUACCCGGAAUCCAUCUUCUCAGAUCCAAUCCACUACGACCCUAAUACAACCGUUGUUCUCAUCGUCUUCAAACCACGUGACUUGAAGUGGCUUUGGGAGAUACUAGGUGGUCAGAAAAUAAGUGCUAAAGGCUUUUGGAAGAAACCAGCUCUGAACAUGAUAUACAAAUCUAGUCAAAUUAGGAUUCUUGAUCCCAGCAUCACCAGAAAAACGGCUUAUGAAUGGCUUCGCUUCCCAACAAGGUUUCCCAGGAAGGAGAAACCCAAGCAUCCAACAACGGGGCUAAUUGCCAUUACACUAGCAUUUCACAUUUGCCAUGAAGUUCACAUGGCAGGCUUCAAGUACGACUUCACUGACAGAAACAGUUCUUUGCACUACUAUGGCAAUGACACCAUGUCUCAGAUGAUGCAGAAUGAAUAUCACAACAUCGAUGCUGAGCAGAAAUUUUUGAAGAAGCUUAUAGACAAGAACUUUGUGGUCAAUUUGACAUGAAAGCUGAAUGGAAAAUAUGAAGAACAAUCGCUAUUUUCAAGAUUUGAAAAUUUUUUAUUUUUUGUACAACUUUUUUAUUUUUUAAGUGCAGCAUAACUGUUUACUGUUUAAAAAGAGCACAGAAACCUCAUCAAGGCAGAAGCUUCUUCUAAGCCUGAGGGUAAUGAACUAUUGCAAACAGAGUUAACUGAAUUUCUGUGAAGCUAUUUAAAUAAUGGGAAAACCAUGGAACUUUCAGCUGAAAGUAUCAGGGAUAUAUAAAAAUGUGAUUCACAUCACUUAUUUAUGAGCAAGAACUCUUUCCAAAUGAUUACUUCUCUGGAAUACUUCUGUUUCUGAUGUUGUCCUCCAAAAGAGUUACACUGUCAAGAGACUGAGACAACCAGUGUUUAAUUAGUAGAUGGAUGUCUUGUAUGUCUGUCCUGUAGUAUGAAAAUGGCUUUAAAAUUAUGCCUAUAAAUGAUUACUGUGUGUUUGGGAGAAGGGGGAACAUACAGAGUGUACAGGUUUUGGUCUGCCUUGCUCCUGAGGAGGGGACAUCCAUCUUCAGCAAAGAAGCGACAGCUUCUGCGCUGGCCAUUGACUAUCGAUAGACUCUGAACUGCUGCUUGUCUUUGCCGAAGGUGAGGACCCUUUGGUCUGAUUUGUGGAGAUGUUGGUAUUGACAAUGCUCAUGUUGUACCCAGUUUAUGGAAAACCAUACUCCCCGUGCUGUGCGUCUAAUAAAUUUUACAGUUGGUGACUUGACUUAGAAAAGAGGGAGUAUGAAGACUGAAGAGUUGUCCUA